AAUCGAUAAAUGGGCAUCGAUAGACCUAGUAGGAACAUGUGCUCAGCUCGUUUUAAAAGUGAAGCAGCGUGAAGAGAUUUACAAUUUGUUGUUAAAUUGCUAUAAUAAAUAAGCCAAAUAUGGCGGAUCAUGCAUUUCAUCGGCCUGGCCCACUAAAGCAAACCAAUAAAGCCCAUAAAACGGGUCGUCAUCGCUCCAAAGGUGCCAUCGAUAAUGCGCUGAAAGGCAAAGUCGGUCUCAAGGCCAUCUCGCACAAGCACAAGCAGCAGCAGCGUAGGGAGCAGCGUCGCAAUCAGUCCAACCAGCUGCGCAAAAACAAACGCGACGAGGUGUUGCAACAGAAACGACAACUUGGCGGCCAAAAUACGGCUCCAUUUCUAGUCUGCUUGCUGUCGAUGCACGAGCAGAUCGAUGCCAACUCUGCGCUGGCCAUUCUCGAAAGCUGUGACAGUGAAAUUGUCGUGGAGCGCUCAGGCAACGGCACUGUUUACAUGAAUCUGCCGCGCUUCAAGCAGCGCUUCGCCUUUGUCAUCCCGCCCAUUGGACGUGGCAACGAGUUGAUUGUUCUGGAUUAUUUGAAAGUGUGCGAUACCACACUGAUGCUAACGUCGGCCGGAUUUGGCGACGACGAGAUCUUCGAUCGUUGGGGACACCGUAUAUUCAACAUGAUGUCCGCCCAAGGCAUACCGACGCCUCUGGUGGCUCUGAUGGAUUUGGCAUCCAUAAAUCCAAAGCGUCGACCCAUCACAAAGCAGGCAGCCCAGAAAUUUAUCAGCAAACUACUGCCGGAGGAGAAGGUCAUGCAGCUGGACACCAGCGCGGAGGCAUUGAAUGUGAUACGACGCAUUGGUGGACAGAAGAAACGCGUCCUGCACAACGUCAACAAUCGUCCCAACUUGUUUGGCGACAUUGUGGAAUAUGUGGAGAAUGGGGAUCUGGGCACCCUGAAGGUGACCGGAUUUCUGCGCGGACAAUCGCUGAAUGUGAACGGAUUGGUGCAUAUACCCGGCCUUGGUGACUUUCAAGUUGGUCAGGUGGAUGCGCCACCCGAUCCGUACAAGCUGGACAAGAGUCGCGAUGGAGUAGAAGCCGAAGUGCGUUUGCUCGAUCGCAGCAAUCCGGCGAAGCAAACGUCGCUGCAAAGCGAGAAUAUACCCGAUCCCAUGGAUGCGGAGCAGACGUGGCCAACAGAAGAGGAAAUUGAGGCUGCGCAAAAAGAGACUAAGAAGUCUAGGCUAAUCAAACGUGUGCCCAAAGGUUACAGUGAAUAUCAGGCCGCAUGGAUACCCGAUGUGGAGGAAGUGGAAGAUCAGGAUGAUGAUGAGGAUGAUGAUGAUGAUGACGAUGACGAUGACGACGAUAUGAGUGAUGAGGACGCAGACUUUAUGUCUUGUGACAACAAAUCCUUCGAGGAUGAGUGCGAGAAACGCGACUCCGACACAGAAGAGUUUUUAGAUAGCGUUUCAGUCACUUCGGAAGCAGCUGUCAAUGACGAAAAAUACGAUCAGCAAAUGGACUUUCAGGAGGAGCGUGAAACGCUGCAGAAACUGCAACAGGCGCGCACCGAUCAACUGUGGCCAGACGAGAUCGACACGCCCCUCGAUGUACCCGCCCACGAGCGCUUCCAGAAGUAUCGCGGACUGGAAUCAUUUCGCACAUCGCCCUGGGAUGCCAAAGAGAAUCUACCAAGCGACUAUGCGCGUAUUUAUCAAUUCAAGAAUUUCGAUCGCACCAAGCGUCGCAUUUUGACAGAGGCAAAGGAAUUUGAUGGCAUUUCUCCCGGCUUAUAUAUCACACUGCAUGUCAUCAAUGUGCCGCUGGAGCGCUGGAAUGCGUUUAGGUCCGCUCAUCUGUCGGACAAUUUGGUUGUCUAUGGCAUGUUGCCACAUGAGCACCAGAUGUGCGUCAUGAACGUUGUCCUGCAACGCAUACCCGACUCAGAGGUGCCGCUCAAGUCCAAGGAGCAGCUGAUUGUGCAGUGUGGCUAUCGUCGCUUCGUUGUCAAUCCCAUCUACAGUCAGCACACCAAUGGCGAUAAGCAUAAGUUUGAGCGUUUCUUUCGUCCUUAUGAGACGGUUUGUGCUACAUUUUAUGCACCCAUACAGUUUCCUCCUGCGGCUGUGCUCGCCUUUAAGGUGAAUCCCGAUUCGACGCUGGCACUGGUCGCCCGCGGUCGUCUGCUGUCCUGCAAUCCGGAUCGCAUUGUACUCAAGCGCGUCGUGCUCAGCGGCCAUCCGAUGCGAAUCAAUCGGAAAUCGGCAACAAUUCGCUAUAUGUUCUUCUACAAGGAGGACGUGGAGUACUUCAAGCCGGUCAAACUACGCACGAAAUGCGGUCACAUGGGUCACAUUAAGGAGUCGCUGGGUACGCACGGUCACAUGAAGUGUUACUUUGAUGGCCAGCUGCGCUCCUACGAUACGGCUUUCAUGUAUCUCUACAAGCGUGUCUUCCCUAAGUGGAACUACGAGGAGUGUCUGGUGCGCAGCGCAGAGCAUUCACGUCAAGAGGCAUCAGCGGUGAUUAGGCGUAACUCCAAAACGUUGAAUGGAGAGGAUAUGGAACAGUAGUAUAAUUUGUAAAAAUAUAUAGUUGAUAUAUGUGUAUAUAUUAUGUAUCUGUGCAUAUAUUGAAAUAAAUUGCCUUACGGACACUCAA